AUGGCCAUUACUACAAUGGCGAAUCCUCCUCCGGGGGAGACAUACGAUUUUGACUACUCCCAUCGCCAUUUGUAUACGGCCAAUAUGGCGGUGAUUUCGGCGGGCUUAAUCAUCAGCACUAGCUGCUUAGUCCUGCGAGUGUAUACCAAAGCACAUUUGCUGCACAAGUUCGGAUGGGAUGAUGGUAUGCUGUCUCAGCGAUUGGAACUGAAGCUAUUCCCGCUAAUCUUGCUCCAGGUGUUCUCUGUGAGCACCCAAGCAUGCUCCAUCUAUGGAUACAAACACGGGGGCAUGGGAGUCCACUUUUGGAAUGUGACGCCUGCAGUCUAUGAAGUAUAUAUCAAGGUUGUCCUCUCCGCAGCCAUUGUCUACUACCGCAUUUUGUGUCACAAACGGUAUCAACAAUGGAUUCUAUACGGCAUCGCGUUCGUGGUCAGUAGCUACAGCUUUGCGCUCGUCAUGGCCUUCAUUUUCGGCUGCCAUCCAAUUCAAAAAGGGUGGAAUAUAUCAGUCACGGGGACAUGUGUCAACCAAUACGCGCUGUAUGUUGCAACAGCCGUGUUGAAUAUCAUCUCCGAUAUUGCGUUGAUUCUGGUACCUAUCCCAACGGUCUUGGGGCUGAAUAUGCCGGGAAUACAGAAGCUAGGCCUCUCUCUGAUGUUCAUGGUUGGCUGCGCAACUCUUGUCACGGGCAUCAUCCGUCUGAUCACAUUGAUUCCCUUUCUCAACUCCCCUGACCCAACCUACAAUAUCGGUCGACCGGACUUGUGGAUCAACAUCGAAGCAAACUUUGCCAUUAUCUGCAGCUGCCUCCCCUUCCUCCGAAAUUUCCUCCGCCGCUACGCCCCCCGCUUGAUCGGUGAAAACAGCAGUCUUGCGCGUCGUUAUAAGAGCUACACUUAUGAUUAUACUGGGGGAAGCCGAGGCCGUCGAAAGGAGGGUCUCACGCAGCUACAGGAUGAUAUUGAGCUUGCUGAGAAUGGAGCAAGUAUGCAUAGCGGAGUUAGGAUAUUUAAGGAUGUCAAGGUGGAGAUUACUACGGAGACGAUGCCGGAUGUAAAUGAAAGUAGAGAUGGAUAUAGAUGAGUGUUACCCGCGCUAUCGUUUAUAGUAUAAGACAUAUGAUAUUGCUCAUCUAGAUGAGCCGAGAGUCCGGUUUAUAGCUUGUUUCAUU